UAUUUGGAGGUACUGGCUAAUUCCGAUGAUAAAGACUCACGCCGGCCACGUUGGUGGUUUGGUGGCUUGGCCUCCACCGUCGUGGCCGUGAUUGUAGCGCCAUUCGAUUUGAUCAAGACUCAUAUGCAGACUCAAAAGCGUAAAAAGAGCAUGUUAAAGACAGCGGCCAAGGUCAUACGAUUAAGAGGAAUAUUUGGUUUUUACGAUGGUUUUCCGGCUGCUGCAUUGCGGCAAAUGUUUGCAACAAGUCUGCGAUUCACAUUGUACAAUCUGGGCAAGGAUUUUCAGGUGUUGGACAAUCGUCUAGGAGUCAAAAUUGCGCUGGCCAGCAUGGCGGGCACCGCCGGCUCAGCUAUUGCCAUACCCUUGGAUGUCAUCAAUGUGCGCAUGCAAACCGACAUGAAAUCAUCGGAUCUAGAGGGACGCAAAUAUAAAUGUUUAUCGGAUGCCUUGAUACGCAUUCCCAGGGAGGAGGGCUGGAAGGGAUUGUAUAAUGGUGGUUUUGCUUGUGUUCUCAAAUCGGCUAUUGGCACAAUCGGACAAAUUGCUAUCUACGAUCACAUCAAAGGCCAGAUACAGGCACAUUACGAUAUGGAUGAUAAUAUCAAAUUGCAUAUCACGAGCUCUGUUAUGUCAUCCAUCAUCGAUUCCAUUCUUACACAACCCUUCGAUGUCCUCAAAACCCUGAUGAUGAAUGCACGUCCCGGCCAAUAUCCCAACAUGCUCCAUGCUGUCCACUUUAUGAUGCGCUUUGGCGUCUUGAGUCCCUAUCGAGGUUUGAUGCCGGCCCUAGCCCGCAAGGUGCCGGCCACAAUUAUGAUGUAUGUGAUCUAUGAACAGUUGCGCUUGAAGAUGGGAAUUUUAGAAAUUGAUGAGUGAAUGAGGCAAGCAGUAAUAUAAUAAUAAUUUGUUCACAUAUCCAUUCCACUUUUAUACUGAUUUUUCUUUUCAAUGUUAACAAAAUUUUCGUGUUAAUUUAGAUAUUAUCCAUUCAUUUUUCAAAUAGAAUAGAAAGUUGUAUUGCACCAAUGGGAAAAUAA